AACUCUAAAACGGCUUGUAAACAAAUGUCAUGUCAACGUCAAAUUUUUUCUUAUACAUGCAAGAGGCAUUUGAACAAAAAUAUACCAAGGGAAAAAAUUGUAAAAAUUGUGCUUUAUAGAACAGUUGUGUGAAAGCUAUGAACGGUCCUUAUCAAUUCAUAAACCAGGCUGCCGUGACAAGCGCCAUGGCAUCUGGUCAAAAUAUUGAUUGGGCUAGUUUGGCACAGCAAUGGAUAAAAAUGCGAGACAGUGCUUUAAUUUCGGGCAAUGAAACGAAUGCAUUUUCCACACCUACAACAAGAUAUGAAGAGGAAAAAGGCGAAGCUGAUAUGGAUAUGGAUGAAGAUGAUCAAAUAGAAAAAACCUCAGCUCCGAAAUAUAUUAGUGAUUCCAUUAUGCAACAAAGCGUAGAAACGGGUUCCACCGCACCAUGGUACAUGGAUAAGACCAAUAGAACAGAUACAGUUGGAACAGAUCCUGAAACCGCAUCGCAAAACCAAUGGGAUAAAUGGAAUAAACAGCAUACUUCGAAGCAGGCACAUCAAAAUAUUCAAAAUAGACGGCAAGUUAACCAAACUGUACACAUCCCCUCGCUGUUGAAAAUGAAUGUUCCUCAUCCGAAUGAAAUACGCUGUUUAUCCGAUCCUUCGAGUGAUUCGAACAACGCUUCCAACAUAAUGGAUGCGGCUAAAAGAAAAGGACUGCCAGCGUGGAUAAGGGAAGGUUUGGAGAAAAUGGAGAGAGAGAAACAGAAGCAACAGGGCAAGUAUCAGAUAACAGAGAAUGAAAAGUUCCCUACUGGAGGCACAGCUUUUGCAAAACCGACAUCAUCCAAGGAAAGUGAAACAAAUGAGCUCAAGGAAAUGGGAAACGAAUAUGAUGAACAAGACGAUACAGUACCAAGCUCAGAUGUCAUUGAAAAGGACCUCAAUGAAGAUCUAUUAAAGGAGGACAUUGAUGAAUCAGAAGUAAGUCCAGAAAGAUACGAACAAAGACUCGAGAAAAUGAUGAUUGUUGUACGUCAAACAUUGACAGAGCUUUUAUUAGAAGUUACGAAUGAAGAAAUUUCAAAGCUAGCAAACGAAACUCUGAAAAACUACAAAUUGAAAGCAUCAUCGGCACAAGUGGUCCACAAUAGCGCUUUGUCUGAUAUAACUGGCAAAUUAGGAUUAGCAGUUUAUGGUCAUAGCUCCAGUGAUGACAGUAGUGACGAUGAUAACGUGUCCACUCUAAAGAACGGCAUUUCCUCGGGUGGUAAUGAUUCCGAAGAAGAUAUUAAGGCAUCUCUGCGUUUGAAGAAAAGGUCGUUUCAAAAAAUUGCAACUGAAAUUGAAGAACGUGUCUCUGCUGCUGCCUUUAGAGAAGCUGAAAAGUUGAAACAAUGUACGCAAAAUGACGAAGCGAACGAGAUUUCCCGCAAAACAUUUGGGGUAGAAACAAAUGUCUGUUUGGAAAAUUCGAAAAUGGUAACAAAUGAACCCGAACCAGGUAGCAGCAGUAAAAUUGUUGGUAAUAUUAUUGAUGAAUCUGGUGAGGCAACUGAAACAAAGUUACAAAGUAUAAACGGUAAACGACAUAGGGAUCGAGGAACUAUAAAAGAACGUACGACGCGAUUUAGCGAUAACCGAGAUAACAAAUACUUAACAAUUGCAACCACUUCCACCUGUAUUACGGAAGCACAAUCAACCCCGACUUUAUGCAACAUUACAACCUCCCAGGUUGCAGCAAAUCAAGGCUUAGCACUAUACAAUAUUAACACGUUAGUGCCAAAACACAACUACCCAAGUAUUGUUGCGAACAAUAUGAAAAACACAACAUCGACAGUAACAGGGGGAGGGAGAAACAAGCGUAACACAGAUCCAGACCAUGAAAGCGAACAUAUUGACAAGUAUUCAAAGAAAAAAUAUUAUUCCGAUAAAAAACGUACACGCUCGCUUUCACGGUCCCGAUCACGAUCACGAUCACGAUCAUCGUCAAGUUCUUCAACAUCUGCCACGAGUUCAGAAUCAUCAAUAACAGAUUCUUCGGAGGACUCAAGUCGUUCCCACUCCCGUCGUUCGCACUCAGGACGUUCGUCUUCCAAAAAACGAAUUCACCGUGACCAAAGGAGCGAAUCAUAUUAUUCAUCUUAUGGAAAAAAUCGUAGUUCUUAUAGUCGACGUCGUUACGAUACUGACUCGGACGAUGAAGACGAAUCUUAUAAAAACCGACGCAAAGCUAGCUCUCGGUAUUAUUCAACCUCCCAUUCUUCGCGAAAUCACAGAGAAACCACUAGACCUCGCUCGAAGUCGUCUUAUUCUUCCUCGCGAAGGCACUGAAUCGGUCAACAAAGUUUAUAUUUGUAUUUUAAUUAAAUUAUCAUAAGUUUUUACUGUAAAACAGUACUCAUUGCACUGCGAUCAAUUAAUAAAUUAGACUUUGAUUUACUGGCA